AUGCACUACCCGAGUGUCAGCUGAGAGGUCGAGUUUACAGAGAAGGCGACGGGAAAAACAACAAUAUUUUCUCCCGCACAGACGCCCGUUUCUGCGGUUUUGUUGGAUAAAUUGGAUCACUUUAUCCAAGAUGCCGGCUCCUAUGCCCGUAGGAGCGCUGACGAUGGCGUCCUUUGCCCUCACCGCUGCUGUAAUAGGCAAUGCAUACUAUCAGAAGAAACAGUUUUAUCCUUCGGUUGUUUAUAUCACAAAAUCCAACCCCAGUAUGGCAGCAAUAUACCUCUUGGCCUUCACAAUGGUUAUACUGCUGGGAAAACUACUGAAGAAAGUGUUCUUUGGUGCCCUCCGUGCAGCUGAGUUUGAGCAUCUUAUUGAGCGAUCCUUUUAUGCUGUCACGGAGACCUGCCUCGCCUUCACUGUUUUUCGUGACGACUUCUCCCCCAAGUUUGUGGCGCUGUUCACGGUGCUGCUGUUUCUAAAGGCGUUCCACUGGCUGGCGGACUACCGGGUCGACUUCAUGGAGCGCUCGCCAGUCAUCACCCUGCUCUUCCACGUUCGGGUCACAUCUUUGCUACUCCUGCUGAGCCUCCUAGACCUGGUGCUAGUAAACCAUGCUUAUCACUCAACCAUAACACGAGGGGCAUCUGUCCAGCUGGUGUUUGGCUUUGAGUAUGCAAUUCUCCUUACCGUGGCACUAAACAUAGGAGUUAAAUAUGUGUGUCACACAGUUGAUUUGCAGUCAGAGAACCCAUGGGAGAAUAAGGCUAUGUAUCUGUUGUAUACAGAACUCUGUAUGGGAUUUGUCAAAGUGGUUUUGUAUGCUGUGUUCAUGAUCAUCAUGAUUAGAAUACAUACAUUCCCACUGUUCAUCAUAAGACCCAUGUACCUGACCAUGAGGUCAUUCAAACGAGCACUGAACGAUGUGAUUCUUUCCCGCCGUGCCAUUCGCAACAUGAAUACGCUGUACCCCGAUGCCACUCCAGAGGAAUUGAGAGCUGUGGAUAAUGUUUGCAUCAUAUGUAGGGAGGAAAUGUUGACUGGAGCCAAGAAGCUUCCCUGUGGCCACAUAUUCCAUGCCUCUUGCCUGCGCUCGUGGUUCCAGCGUCAGCAGACCUGCCCAACUUGCCGCAUGGACAUCCUGCGACAGCCUCCCCCUGCUCAAGGAGGUGCGGCUGGAGCUGCAGCAGCUGCCCGGAAUCCCCAGCAACCCCAAACCCCACCUGCUCAGCCACAGACACCACAGCCACAGCAGCAACAGCAUCAAGCUCAGCAGCAGAUGCCCAAUCCAUUUGCUGGCCUCUUUGCGGGUAUGCCUAUGCCAGUUGGCCCUCCUCCUGUAGGUCUACCUCCCUUCCCAUUUCCUCCUAUGCCUAUGCAGCAAGCUCAGCAACAGCAAGCAGCUGCUGCCUCUGCUUCUGCAUCCACAACAGAGGCAGGAACAACAAGUUCCUCCACCACUACUACAACUUCUGCUAGCACUUCAUCAUCAGCAAGCAGCGCAGGCCAGACUGGAGGAGCCAUCCCCACUGCUCCAUUCAACAUGCUGCCUCCACUCUUUCCUCUCCUGCCCUUCAACAUUCCUCCACCACCUCCACCGCUAAAUUUUGCUGCCAUGACCGAGGAUGAGGUCCGCCAGCUGGAAGGGAACGAAAGACAACAUGUCGAGGCCAGGAUCAAGGUCUUGAGGAACAUUCAGACUCUUCUUGAUGCAGCAGUUGUUCAGAUGAACCAGUAUGCAUCGGUUGUUGCAUCGCUAGACAUGAACAGUCAGUCCAUACCAAGGAAUGUUGCACCACAACAAGCAGGAGCAACAGAGCCUGCAUCAGAACCGGAGCCUAGUUCUUCACAGGCAGCAGAGCCUAUAGUGGCUGCAUCAACAGACAGAGCAAACUCAAGAGAUCCAGAUUCCUCGAAAGGGGCAACUUCAGUAACCUCAAAUGAUGAGGCAGCCAGAAGUGAAGUGACCUCAUCAACCUCUGCAGCUGCUAGUCCGUCUUCCUUGUCCAGCACCACCACAACCCCAGCCUCUGUGGACACUUCAACUCCAGAUGAAAUGUACCCUGACAGUCCACAGGAAAUCCGGAGGCGACGUCUAGAGAGGUUUACUCAGAACACUUAGGGUCUGCAGCACUUUUCUUAGAUAUUUCUUUUUAUUUUCAUCAGUCUGCACACAUAAGACAUGGGAUAAGACUCUGUGCAUUAGGGGGAGAGGAUUGGUGUGCAUGAAUUUUCUUCUUGUUUCUUUUUGUUUUGUAUUUCUGAAUUUUGCUACUGGAUAUCUCAUUCUGAAUAGCCCUCUAGUUUCCUGAUAAUGUU